AUUUGAGUCGAAGAUAUACCCAGUGAAUAUCCUUUCACACCACUCCUUGUCCUAGUAUCUUGGUUGAAGUAUCAAUAUGGCACAAUCAACAUCCUCAACCGGCCUGGUGCUCAUCACCGGCGCCACUGGCCAUGUGGGCUUCAGAACACUUGUUCAUGCCCUCAGGACCGGUCUCGCUGUUCGCGUUGCAGUGAGAUCAGAAACCAAGGCAACACAGCUGAUGAAGCGGUUGUCUCUGAAAACAACCAGCAAGCAACGCCAAAGGGUCACCCUCGCCAUCGUCCCUGAUAUCACAGCAGAGGGAGCCUACGAUGAAGCAAUGCACGACGUGACCCAAGUCAUCCACGUUGCCUCUCCCCUGGUCACUGGCUCCCAGAAGCCACCCAUUGAGAGCGAACAAGCCGAGGACUUCUUCAUUGGACCAGCAGUCCGCGGCACACGGAGCCUCCUCGAGGCAGCAGAUGCAUGUGGCACCGUCAGGAGGGUCGUCAUCACCUCUUCCAUCGUGGCCCUCAUCCCGGUGUUGCAGAUGGAGGGCACCGAGCCCAGGCCCAAGGGCGUCCCCGUCAGGCCGACAGACCGUGUCCCUUUCACGCCGGGCCCAUAUCACUCCGAGUUCGCCGCCUACGCCAACUCAAAAAUAGCUGCCCUCGCCGCCGCCGAAACAUGGUGCGAGGAGGUGCGGCCCGCCUUCGACGUCGUCCACCUGCACCCGUCUUUUGUGCUGGGGAGGAACGACAUGGCCGCCACCACGGCAGAGUGCAUGAAGGGCACCAAUGCAAUGGUGCUUGCCAUGCUCCUGGGCAAGCGGUUUGGCCCCUUCGCAGGCGCGACCGUGCACGUCGACGAUGUGGCAAGGUGCCAUGUCACCGCUGCCGUCGACACGGUCAAUGUCCCUGGCAACGAGAGCUACAUACUCAGUCAGGGUUCGAGGUGGAACGACGCGAAGGAUAUGGCGGCUAAGUUGUUCCCUGUUGCCGAGAAGACCAGGCUCCUGGUAAAGAGCGGGAAUGUCGGCACCACCAAGAUUGACAUCGAUGCGAGCUUGGCUGAGGACACCUUUGGGUUGCGGUUCAAGGGCUUCAGCGACCAAGUAGAGAGCCUCGUCGGUCAAUUCCUGGAGUUGAAGACCAACACUAAGCAAAGCGAACUAAAAAAGCUUACGGGAAAGGGGGGGAUGAAGAAGACAGACGUGGAAGUCAAGGUAUAUCCUGUUGACAUGCCGAGCCUGUGUCAUACAGCUAUCGUGUGUUGA